AUAUGGCGGGUAGUAUUGACAUGGACAUACCAGAAACAGGAGCUGUAUUCACAUUUGGACGUAGCCGAUUUGCUGAUAAUUUACCAAGUCAUUUUUAUAUUCGAAAUGAUCCUAUUUUGGAAGUAGCUUGUGGAGAUGAACAUACAGCUGUUAUUUGCCAGAAAGGUAGAGUGUUUGUAUUUGGGAAUAAUGAUUAUGGCCAACUUGGUCUUGGUCACAAGAAUGUUACAGUAAAACCAAGCUGCGUGAAAAGUCUGAAGCCAGAAAAGGCUACUCAUGUCGCAUGUGGAAGAGCACACACAUUACUUAGUACAAGUAAGUUUGUGUUAAACUUACACACACCUGUAGUCAUGCUAUAUUAAUCAUACAUUCAUACAUUCUUGAAAAGAGACUAUACAACACAGAAUUUUGAGUCAAAAUACAUAUUGCAAAUGUUCAACUUGUGAAAUGUAGUAUGCAGUUUGGGUUGUUUGGUUUUUUAUUGCUUUCCUCUUAUGCCCAGAGUUCUGUAUGUUUAAAUUUGAGCAUAUGUUAUCUAUAAGUUGUUCAAUCAAGCAACAUGUGUAAGUGUUACAGAGGGAGUCCCAAGAGGGACAUAGUAUUGGUCAUUCUAAGGAAAUAAAGUGUAGGUAUAUGUAGUUCCUAUUCUGAAUGGUUUCUGAGUUAAGAAUUAUUUAAAUUGUUGAUAAGAAAGAGAUAUUAUGUACAGUUCCUAAUACUGAUUUUUAUUGCUCAAGUGACAAAGUUGGAACAGUUUACCUAGUAUAUAACAUUUUUGAAAAUUCCA